GACACACAGACAUCCAUUAAUCACAUGUGUUCAAACAAGACACAGUGCUGCUAGUGCACUAUAUAAUAUAUAAUGCAGUGAGACCAGAUUUAAUUAAUGAUAUCAAGUGUCAUCAAAUCAUUACUGGUUGUGAAUAUAUGUGUAUAUAAAACAUAUUAAGCUAUUUAAUUGGGUUACAUAUAUUUCUAAAACAAUAUUAUAUAUGUAGAAUACAUUUAAAACAUAAAUUACAUUAAUAUGUGAAUCUGUUUGCAUUUUGUGACAGCUGAAGGAUGUGCGUUCCCUAACAAGUCAAAAGAACGAGGAAAUCUAGAUAAUAUUUUCAAUUUAAGUGGAAAAAUAAAAGCUUUUCUUUAAAAGGUGUUUUAGAAAGUAACUUAAAAGUGAUUAGUAAUGUGAUUAAUUUUUAUAUAAUGUAAUCAGUUAUCUGAUUACAAUUUUAGAGUAGUAAUUAAUCAUUUGUAGUUUUUUUUUUUUUUUUUUUUUUGUAUUUGAACCGACACUGAAAUGCCAAUAUAAAAAAUAUAUCAGAAAAAGUAAAUCACGUCGAAUGCAUAAUUGCAAAAAUGGUUUAGAACUGCAAAAUAACCUUUCUUUCCCUCAUUAAUCGUCAUUUUAUCAUUUUUUAAAAAUAUUUUUUUAUCUUGUUUUAUCUUUCAUUUUGGCCUGUCAUGUGAGUAAGUGGCAAAACAUCAGUAUCGGCCUAUACUUUUCUUUUUUUAAUCGGUAUUGUAUCGGACAAAAAUUUCCAUAUCAGUGCAUCCCUAAUAUUUAUAAAUAGCUAGUACAAAAACAAGGAAGUGAAACAUCUUUAAGCUUUUAUAAACUCAAGAAAUAUUUUUUUUCACCCCAAAAUCAAAAGAAAUUAGAAAUUAUAUUUUGCAUAAAGAAAAUAAAAACUAUUUUUAGGUGAAUUUAUGUUUUAUUGUUUUAUUUGUGUACUAUUAUGUGUUUUUCUGUGUACAGUGAAAUUUUUUCCUACUAAGAAAUAUACAUUUAAAUUAUUUGAUAUCACGAGAAAAAGGCACUACCGACAGCAGUAAAAGGCACACACAAAAAAAGACAUUUGAUAUAAUUACAGGACACAGUUGUCCAGCAUCUCUUGACUAAGGUUAUCAGAAUGGCUAAAAGAAGCUCUCACACCCAGUCUCACACCCCUCCCCAACUCUGAUCUUCACUUCACACACACACACACACACACACCAACACCUCCUGGAACCCCCCUCCUCAACCCUCCUGCUAUUCAAUCUGCACUUAUGAUCUGUGAGGAGGAUGUUUGCCGGGUCUUUCGGAAACAAAAGCUUCAGCUUCAGGCCCAGAAGGUGUUUUACCUGCCUGUCUGAAAGUCUGCACUGACCAACUGGCCCCCAUCUUCACACAGAUCUUCUAUAGAUCACUGGAGCAGUGUGAUGUUCCCUGCUGCUUCAAACGUUCCACCAUCAUUCCGGUUCCCAAAAAACCCCAAAUCACAGGACUUAAUGACUACAGAUCUUUCGCUCUCACAUCUGUGGUCAUGAAGUCAUUUGAGAGACUGGUUUUGGCCUACCUGAAGGACAUCACUGGACCCCUGCUGGACCCCCUUCAGUUUGCAUACUGAGAAAACAGGUCUGUGUAUGAUGCUGUCAAUAUGGGACUGCAUUAUAUCCUGCAACACCUCGGCAGACCUGAGACUUAUGCAAGGAUCCUAUUUGUGGACUUCAGUUCAGCCUUCAAUACCAUUAUGCCUGAUCUUCUCUCAACCAAACUGACCCGGCUCUCCGUGCCCACCCCAAUCUGUCGAUGGAUCACCAGCUUUCUGACAGAUAGGCAGCAGCUAGUGAGACUGGGGAAACUCACAUCCGGGACCCUCACUAUUAGCACUAGUGCUCCCUCAGGGAUGCGUUCUCUCUCCACUGCUCUUCUCCCUGUACACGAAUGACUGCGCUGCAAAAAACCCCACUAUCAAGCUCCUGAAGUUUGCAGACGACACCAUGGUCAUCUGCCUCAUCCGCGACGGUGACGAGUCUGCAUACAGACGGGAGGUUGAUCAGCUGGUUGUCUGGUGCGGUCACAACAACCUUGAGCUGAACCUGCUCAAAACAGUGGAGAUGAUAGUGGACUUCAGGAGAAUACAAUAAGAGUUAUAGCAAUAACAUGCAGUAUUUUCACAAAGUUUAACUGCAUAAGUUAAAUUUAAAUAUAUAUAAUAUAUAAAUACAAUUUAUAUAUAUCAACAUUAGAUGCUGGAAAUUUCCCACCCCUUACUGAAACGGAAAAUAUGAUUGGUUAGCAAAUAUCCAAUCCUGUCUGAAAUGAAUGUUCUGAUUGGUGGAUCAGUUUAGUUGGAAUCUCUGUCUUGCCCGUGCCAUCAGUUGCCUUCCCGCCCCUGCAGCUCCAUGCGUGUUUAGAGAGAAUCUCUUUACACUUUAUAAAAUAAUAAUAAUAAUAAUAAUAAUAAUAAGGUAUUCAUUGCUAGAUUUGUGCUGUUUGUUUACUGUCUUGAACUCGCGUCGCUUAAACGAGUUUCGCCCUCCUCGUGUGAAGACCUACUUGUGUAAAGACCAACGAGUCUACCUGUGCGAGUCCACCGAGCAAGGACACCAACAAGGUGCCACUCAACAUAGCACUUAAGUACUCUAUAUACUAACAUGUUUACUUCACGAAUAACACAUGCCUUCAAGCACAUCCCUGUUAUCUGUUACAGACCGUUUACACGAUAUCGAUGCAAGACCAAACGCAACCCACACAACCUAUGGCCACUUUGCACCAUAGCACCUGCUCCGCUCUCUUUCUCAGUGGGACUCUGGAACUGCCAGUCAGCUGUGAACAAAGCUGACUUCAUUCCAGCCUUUGCCACGCAGUCCACCCUCAGCAUCCUGGCACUGACAGAAACAUGGAUACGUCCAGAGGAUACAGCAACACCUGCUGCUCUCUCCAACAACUUCUCUCACACCCCUCGACACACCAGUAGGGGUGGGGGAACAGGUUUGCUUAUUCAUAACAACUGGACUUUUUCACUACAAUCUUCACAAUGUAACAAUACUAGUUUUGAAUUCCAUGCUAUUACUACAAUGCAACCCACAAAAAUACAUGUUGUUGUCAUCUAUCACCCUCCAGGUCAGCUGACAAACUUUCUUGAGGAGUUGGAUGUCCUGCUGUCCUCCUUGCCAGAGGAUGGUAGGCCACUUGUGGUCCUUGGUGAUUUCAACAUACACCAAGACAAGCCCCAGGCCACUGAACUGAAUACUCUCCUGGCCUCAUUUGACUUGGAAAAACUACACACCACAGCAACUCACAGAUCAGGCAACAAGCUGGACCUCAUCUUUACACGUAACUGUACCAACUCAAAUAUUCUUGUUACUCCUUUACAUGUCUCUGAUCACUACUUUGUUCAAUUCAACAUGACCCUCCCAUCUACAUUAAAACAGACUCCACCUUUGGUUUCCUUUCGCCGUAACCUCCAUUCCCUUUCACCCUCUCGCCUUUCCACUGCUGUCUCUACCUCUCUUACUACACCAAAUGCAUUUACCAUGCUUAAUGUAAACACUGCCACAGACACACUAAGCUCUACUUUAACAACCUGUCUAGACAACAUCUGUCCUAUCUCCUCUAGGCCAGCACGUGCUACACCACCCAGCCCCUGGCUGUCUGACGUCCUUCGUGAACAUCAGACUGACCUCAGGGCAGCUGAGAGGAGAUGGCGGAAAUCUAAAGAUCCAGCAGAUCUAGGUAAAUAUCGGUCCCUGCUUGCAACUUUUUCAGAUAACAUUAAAUCUGCAAAAACCUCCUAUUACCAGAACAAGAUCAACAGCACCACAGACACUCACAGCUUGUUUAGAACAUUCAACACACUUCUCUGCCCUCCCCCUCCACCACCAGACACAUCACUGACAGCAGAUGUCUUUGCCACUUUUUUUGCUAAUAUGGUUACAACCAUCAGCAAUACAUUCUCAGCACCACACCCUGUCAAACACCUGUCUCCUGUAUGCAACUUGUCUGUCUCUAUGUUCCCUCCUCUGACUGACACUGAGGUCUCUAAACUCCUCCUCUCCAACCACCCCACCACCUGUUCGCUUGACCCCAUUCCUUCUCACCUUCUCCAUGCCAUUUCUCCAUCCAUUCUACCUGCACUCACACACAUAAUUAACACAUCUCUACUUACAGGCACUUUUCCCACUACAUUUAAGCAGGCUCGAGUAACCCCGCUGCUGAAGAAACCCGCACUUAAUCCCACACAAAUAGAACACUACAGACCAGUCACUCUCAUCCCAUUCAUGGCAAAAACACACUCUGCCUAUCUCUCACAGAACAAGCUGCUGGAUGACAAUCAGUCAGACUUCAAAAGUGGACACUCCACUGAGACUGCCCUGCUGUCUGUCACUGAGUCGCUGAGACGGGCGAAAGCUGAAUCCAGAUCAUCCGUCCUGAUUCUGCUGGACCUUUCUGCAGCCUUUGACACAGUCAACCAUCAUAUCUUACUCUCUACACUCUCCUCGCUGGGCAUCACAGGAACUGUGCUUGACUGGUUUAAUUCCUAUCUCUCAGAGCACUGGGUCAGCCAUGAUACAGCACCCCUGGAGCAGAUAGGGUCAAGGACCUUGCUCAAGGGCCCAACAGUGACAUCUUGGCAGUGCUGGGGCUUGAACCCCUAACCUUCUGAUCAGUAACCCAAAGCCUUAACCACUGAGCCACCACUGCCUCUUGUAAGUCUAGACUGGACACGCAACUCUACUUGUCUUUCUAGCCCAACGACAACACAGUGACUGCUCGAAUUUCUGCCUACCUGGCGGACAUCUCGGCCUGGAUGAAGGAGCACCACCUGCAACUCAACCCAGCCAAGACUGAACUCCUUGUCUUUCCAGCCAACCCUGCUGUUGAACACAACAUCACCGUGCAGCUGGGUGCAACUACAGUAACGCCUUCCAAAUCGGUCAGAAAUCUAGGGGUAACCAUCGACAACAGACUACAUUUCACAGACCACGUCUCAAAGACCACAAGAUCAUGAAGAUUUACACUCUACAAUAUCAGGAAGAUAAGACCCUUCCUCUCUGAACAUGCCACACAACUGCUUGUCCAGUCACUUGUCAUAACUAGACUGGACUACUGUAACGCUCUCAUUGCAGGCCUCCCUGCAUAUGCAAUUAGACCCCUGCAAAUGAUCCAGAAUGCAGCAGCACGUCUGGUCUUUAAUGAACCAAAGAGAGCGCAUGUUACACCACUCCUUGUCUCUCUCCACUGGCUGCUGGUUGAUGCACAUAUCAAAUUCAAGGCUCUGAUGCUGGCAUACAGAACAGUCACUGGGUCUGCUCCAGCAUACCUAAAAUCAUUUAUGCAGAGCUACGCGCCCACUAGAAGCCUGCGGUCGGCUAAGGAACAUCGCCUUGUUGUACCAACACAAAGAGGCACCAAAGCACUUUCCCGGACUUUCAGCUUCAUCGUACCACGUUGGUGGAAUGACCUUCCCAACUCCAUCCGUGAAGCUGACUCACUCUCUGUCUUCAAAAAACAACUAAAAACACAUCUUUUCCGUGAGCAAUUAACCAGUCAUAAAAAAAUAAAAUUCCUGUUGCACUUUAUUCUGUUUUGAAUACUAUUAUGAUGCUAGUGAUACUUUGUAAUACAGCACUUUUCACACCACUGUCUCCUAAGAUGAUUUGCUUAUGUUUUCCUCUUUUGUAAGUCGCUUUUGGUCUGCCAAAUGAAUAAAUGUAAAUGUAAAUGUAAUAAAUUCACUCAACGGUGCUGCUGCAUUGUGUUAUUAGAUUGAAAAAGUUCAAAAGCCUACUCGCUGUCCUAGCGGUCAUACAUAUCAUCAUUUAUUUUAGGUGGGCAUAUGCAAAAUCCUAAGAAAGAUAGGUGGGCAUACAGCGUAUGCCCUAAACUACACUACUGGGGGUAAGUGCAAAAAAAUCCUAAUGGUUCUAAAAACAGGCUUGAUUUUUUUUUUCCUGAAAAAUAUUUCUUCUAAUUUUGGGGUGAAUUAUGACCUGGAUAUUUCUUUGUGAGAUUCACCCACUGAGGCCACAUUCUCAUUCCACUCAAGUUUUCAAAUCUGGCCAACAUAGUCGCAUGACAACUUGUAAUAAUUCGGAAGAGAUGAUGAAAUCGUAAGACAUUUUAUGACAUAUUCGCAAACAGUCAACAAACAUAAUUUCAAAUCGAUACAAUACAAGCUUAGCUAGCCUUCUAUCCAACACUUUUUUUUAAGAAAGGAAAUGUCUGUGGACAAAUUUGGUUACUCUUUUCAUAUUUAUUUCUGCAAUCCAAAUGACUGAUGUGUGUCAAUAGCUGUAAUACACUUCCCUCAUCUUGUUCCAAACCUAGAUGUUUUCUCUCUUCUGUGGUACACAAAAGUUAUUUUUCAAAUCAAAAUCAUGUUUUAGGUUUAGGGUUUGGGUUAGGGGUUCUUUAUAAUAAAUAUCUUAAUAACAUUGUUCGUUGGUUCAUCUAUUUUGUUAUGGGAGUAGAAGUCAUAUGUUUUUGUAUGAGCCAAAUUGUACUAACAUUACAACUAAUCAUGAGACUGGGUUAAAUAUUGCUACCAAUCAGUAACAUUUAUCAUGAAGAAAGUAAUUUACCAUAGAAACUCAUUCUCUAAGAUCACAUGAUCUUCAUUCAUGCAUGAGGGAUAAAUGAUUUUACAGAUGUAAUUCAAACCUCAGUGAGACUUCAAGAAUCUUGA